AUGGCUGUUGCCUUGAAUGAGCGACUUGAUCUUGACACCCUGUUAAUUGUCAAAGGCUCGGGGUCAAGGUUCGCCAUUCGAUCAGCAGGCCACAAUGCAAAGCAUGGAUUCAGCAGCGUUAGCACCGAGGAGCUGGGUAUCGUGCUGGACUUGCGUGGACCAGAAUCUAAAUCUCUGGACCGCAAAACUAGCAUCGCUCGUAUGGGAGCAUGCAACAACUGGUCCGAGGCGUUCACCUGGCUCGAAGGCCAGAAUUUGUCAGUGAUAGGCUCUCGAGAAGGCCGAGUUGGACUCUCCGUGUUUCUCCUUGGCGGGAGGGUUGACUUUGUUCCAUUGAUACGCGACAAUGGCGUCAAGAACUUUGAGGUCGCCCUUGCGAAUGGCACUAUUCUCAAUGCAAACGCAGAGGAAAACUCGGAUCUAUAUCUUGCGCUCAAGGGCGGCGGUAUUGUCACGGCGGUAGGCCUCCAAGCGCAUCCUCUCAUCAAGGUUCAGUACACCAUAAACAUGUACGACCCUUCUGAUUCCAAGAACUUGUUGGAUGCAUUCGCCAUGGUCCAGGAGUCAAUGGAACAGGAUCCCAAGAUGGGCAUGUUUAUUAAUGUCCGACGAGACUUCAUCGCCAUUGGCAUGUUCUACGCCGACUGGGUAGUCGAGCUUCCAGCCGCCUUUGAUCCUAUCGUCAAACUGGGCAGUUUGGUUGGCGCGGCUGUGCCUACGUCCAACGGCACCUUCUCUGCCCUGAAUGAGAUCUUGGAGGAAUGGGCUUACAAGAUGCAGGACUUGAAGCAUGCUUAUCUCACUACGAUGACCAAAGUCUCACACGAACUAUUACACCAAGGUUAUCAAAUCUGGAAGGAUAUUGUUGACCAGCUUCCCCGUGCCGUCAAUGUGCAUUGGUCUACCCAACCCCUGACUCAAGCGGCCGUAAUGGCUGGGAGGAAUAGCGGCGGCAACAUUUUAGGACUGGAAAAAGUGCCGCAAUCCUACUGGAUUUUUGCUUGUGACCUGAAGCAGGACCAAGACGAUGAGGCCAUGUGGAACGCUUUAGACGCAGCUCUGCAGCGAUCCAAGAAGCUGGCCGUCGAUCGUGAGCUUCUUUUGGAUCCUUUGCUUCCCACGUUUGCUGGCGCGUCGCAGAAUGUGCUCGCCGGCUUUGGCGCAGAGAAUGUCAAGAAGUUGCAGGAUGCAGCGCGCCGUUAUGAUCCCGAAGGAGUGUUUCAAAAACUGCAGAAUGGGGGCAAAGAAGAUCAAAUAUGGAGAACUGCUCGUUGA